UGCAACGAGAUCGAGCCCGGACAGGGGAGCGAGCAGGAGGCAUAUUAGCUGCAGCCUGACGCUGCUCUGGGGAUUUAUUGUGCAUAUAAAGCAGAGGAAUAUAUUAUUUAUCGAACAUUUGGGAAUAAAUGCAUCAUCUCUUGGAAUCAAAUCAACAACUAACUUCAUACAUAUGGGAUCACUGUGACUGAGCUGGGACCUAUUGAUAUUUCUUCAGCACAAGUUCCUGGGACUCUGAAAUCUGUCAACAAUGAAUGAAUCUCAGCGCACCCUGCUGUAUCUGAUCAUUACACAUACAGUAUAGUCAAGGGAUCCCUGCAAUGUGUACAUAACGAGGGGUUUCUUGUUUUAGCAGUUUAUUUUUAUCUUUUUUGGGGGCAUUUUUUAUUUUGUCUUCCCUACCUUUUUAUUUAGAUAUUUUUUUUUAUUUAUUUUUUUGCCAUGGCCAAACAGUCACAGGGAGGAUCUGCAGAAGAUCUCAGCAAUACAUCUGAUGAGGAGCUGCAGAGAUGGAACAAGGAUGAUAUUAUCAAGAGGCUAAGGAAAGUGGAAAAUGAGAAAAUGAACUUGAUGGUAGAACAUGGGAACCUGAUGAAGGAUGUGAAUAGGAGGCUGCAGGUCCAUCUGCAUGAGAUUAGGGGUCUGAAGGAAGUCAACCAGAAACUCCAGGAUGAUAACCAAGAGCUGAGGGAGCUUUGUUGUUUUUUGGAUGAUGAUAGGCAAAAGGGCAAGAAGUUAUCCAGGGAAUGGCAGAGGUUUGGCAGACACACUGCUGGUGCAAUGUGGAAGGAGGUUGGAUCUUAUCAGCAGAAGCUGAAGGAACUGGAGGCUAAACAGGAAUCUCUGAUAAGAGAUAACCUGGAGUUAAAGGAAAUUGUCCUUAUGUUGGAUGAGGAGAGAAAUGGGGCAGGAUCAAGGAGCUCUAUUGACAGCCAGACCAGUUUGACCAACUUGAAUGGUGGUUCUAGUACUAGAGAUGUAGGGGAUGGGAGCAGUACCUCUAGCACUGGGAGUGCAGGAAGCCCAGAUCAUCACCACCCCCACCACCUUCACCACCACCACCACCACCCUAAACCUGUGGAGAACAAAUCUGGCACCAUUAGAAGGUCGGUGGAUGACUUGUCAGCCCCCUCUCACCAUAGAAGUAUCCCUAAUGGCCUUAAUGAUUCCUCUUCAAAUUAUAUCCGACAAUUGGAAACCAAAGUCAAGUUUCUCGAGGACGACAAUAAACUGUUGUCACAGCAUUCAAGCUCUGGGGAGUUAAGGACUUUAAGAAAAGGCUUAUCUCCAUACCACUCCGAAUCCCAGCUGUCAUCGAUGCCUCAGUACCAGGAGCCUCUACUAAAUGGUUCUGCAAGAAUAGUGUCUGAACUGUCCUCUACUCCACCUGCUGGCUACAUACCGGUAGUGCAGAAACCAGAAGCUGUUGUCCAUGCAAUAAAGGUUCUUGAAGUCCAUGAAAACCUGGACAGACAGGUUCCGGACAGUUAUGAAGAAGACCUCAGCGAAAAGGAGAAAGCAAUUGUUCGUGAAAUGUGCAAUGUUGUAUGGAGAAAAUUGGGCGACGCAGCAAAUUCGAAACCAUCCAUCCGACAGCAUCUUUCGGGCAACCAGUUCAAGGGGCCUUUGUAGGAUUUAUAAAGGAGUUGUUUUUUAAAAAAAUCAAAGCUGCAUACUGAAAAAGCAAAGGGAUAUUACGCUGCCAUAUUCCUCAGACUGUGAAUAAUGUAAAUAUUGCAGCGGACAUAAGCUUACAUAGACGAUUCAGCACAAUAGACUAUAUAUGUUAUCCAAAAGAUUUACGGUACAUUCUUUGUAUUGUAGUUCACUUACUGUACAUACAACAUAGACAAAAUGACACUAGAAAAACCACACUAACACAUAAAAUACUUUUACCUGUAUUAAUAAAUAUUUGUUUACUGAUAUUAAUGAAUUUUAUAACAACCUACGCAUUGUUGAAAAAUUCGUCUGCACUUUGAUGGACUGAGACCCCGGAGAAUCUAUUCCAACUUUACAGAUCUCAUUAUGGGGCAAAAAAAAAAAGAAAUCUUUCUGGAACACAAGCAAUAUUUUUCUUUGACAAUUCCAAAAUUCCAGGAUCUAUCACUGAGGAUAGCGUUGGAUUAUUUUCAGAAGAUGCCACUUAUUUUAAUGAAAGAUUUUUAUGAUGUUUCAUCGUUAUGCAGGAUUAAUAGUUUUACUCUGCCAGGAACUUUUCUAUUUUCGAUCUUAUAUAUUAAAUCAGAAGAUAAUCGAGUAUAUACACACAGCCAACAGGCAUUGCGGAACAUUGCUGCUGAUACAGCUUUUAUCACAAAAGGAAAAAGAAAAAGUAUAUGAGCUGUUUUUCUUCAAACUAUUGUAUAUAAAUGGAAUUGAAUUAUAUUUUGUUACUGCACUGUAGUAGCUUAUGUUGAGAGAGGAUAUUUUCUGUUCACCCGUCAGGGGAUACAACAAAAAAACCUGUGUAUAUCUAUUUCAAAGUGAGCAAUGAGUUUUAAAGGGAUAGUAAAGACAAAAUUAAACUUCCAUGAUUCAGAUAGAGCAUGCAGUUUUAAACAACUUUCCAAUUUGCAUCUAUUAUCUAAUUUGCCUCAUUGUCUUGUUAUCCUUUGUUGAAAAACAUACCUAAGUAGGCUCAGGAGCCGCAAUGACUGGUGGCUGUACACAAAUACCUUGUGUUAUUGGCUCACCAAAUGGAUGAAGCAAAUUGGAUAAUAAAAGUAAAUUGGAACGUUGUUUAAAAUUGUAUUCUCUAUCUGAAUCAUGAAAGAAAAAAAUUUGGAUUUCAUGUCUGGUGAAGGAGGGCAUUAAUUAAUCGGCAGGGACAAAUAUGCCGCUUUUAUUAACACCACUGACAGGUGGUCACAUAUCAAAGAUUUUCAUUGGAAUAGGACUAGGCAGGAACGUCAUGAGCUCAAAAUGAUCUGAAAAGAAGAAUCUCACUGUUUUCCCCCAGAAAAUCUUUGAUAUCAGAUCACGCAAAGCAGAAUUAUUGUUCAAAAGUAUUUGUUUGUGGUGCUAGCAGCAUUACAAAAUAGCAGUUUCUCUUGUGUAAUUUUUCAAUAAAUAUAGCCAGUGGGUUCUGGUAAUAUACAAA